CCGGGCAUCUCUGCCUGUCUGUGGAUGACAUCAUUGAUAUUGUCAACGGUGUAAACUGAGAGAGGACUGGGUGUGAGGAGCAGCCACGCAGGGAAAAUGGAAUAAAACAAAGAAAGAUCGGGUCACGGAGAGAACAUAAACGGAACCGGGCUCUGUCGGAUCUGUAUUUUUACCUUUCCUCGGAAGGCUUCAGGUCAAGCAUCUCUCAGGGUUAUGAUCCAUCCCGAGGUCCGUCCGCACGUCGCUGUCCAUGGUCUUGAGUGAGACGGAGCGACCACAGAGCCGUGAGGUGAAGAGCUCAGGAGCAAUGGAGUUACGGGUGGGGAACAAAUACCGCCUCGGGAGGAAGAUAGGGAGCGGAUCCUUUGGAGACAUCUAUCUUGGUUCAAACAUUGCUACAGGAGAAGAAGUAGCCAUCAAACUGGAAUGUGUGAAGACCAAACACCCACAGCUCCACAUUGAGAGCAAGUUCUACAAAAUGAUGCAGGGAGGAGUGGGAAUUCCCUCCAUCAAGUGGUGCGGUGCGGAGGGAGACUACAACGUCAUGGUGAUGGAGCUCCUUGGCCCCAGCCUGGAGGACUUGUUUAACUUCUGUUCCCGCAAGUUCAGCCUGAAAACCGUCCUGCUGCUGGCUGAUCAGAUGAUCAGCCGGAUCGAAUACAUCCACUCCAAGAACUUCAUCCACAGAGACGUGAAACCUGACAACUUCCUAAUGGGUCUAGGGAAGAAGGGGAACCUGGUCUACAUCAUCGACUUCGGCCUGGCCAAGAAAUACCGCGACGCCCGCACACACCAGCACAUCCCCUACCGCGAGAACAAGAACCUGACCGGCACCGCCCGCUACGCCUCCAUCAAUACCCAUCUGGGCAUCGAGCAGUCGAGACGAGACGACCUGGAGUCUCUGGGUUACGUUCUCAUGUACUUCAACCUGGGUUCCCUCCCUUGGCAAGGACUCAAAGCUGCAACCAAGAGGCAGAAGUACGAGCGAAUCAGCGAGAAGAAAAUGUCCACCCCUAUCGAGGUGCUCUGCAAAGGAUACCCCUCCGAGUUCUCCACGUACCUGAACUUGUGCCGCUCCCUGCGGUUCGACGACAAGCCGGACUACUCCUACCUGAGGCAGCUCUUCAGGAACCUCUUCCACAGGCAGGGCUUCUCCUACGACUACGUCUUCGACUGGAACAUGCUGAAGUUUGGCUCCAGUAGGACAGCAGAGGAUGGCGAGAGAGAGAGGAGGGAGGGGAAAGAAGGGGAGGAACGAACAGGAGCUGGCCAGAGAGGAGCUGGAGGUCGAGCUUUACCUCCAGGUCCGAACCCUUGUGUUGCCAACAGAGUCCGUAACGAGCCAGAGACCACUCCUUCCAACCAGGCCUCACGUGGAGCCCAGCCAUCAGGGAACCGGUCCCCUCAGGCAGGGAGAGCAGAACGAGCUGAACGGGAAAGGAAGGUGGCCAUGAGGCUUCACCGCGGCGCUCCCGCCAACGUCUCCUCCUCUGACCUCACUGGACGCCUCGACCAAUCACGCAUCACUGCCUCACAGGUCAGUGUGCCGUUUGAACAUCUGGCAAAGUGACUUUCUUCUCGCGGGCCUGCAGCAGCUGAAGGCCAUCUAACAACCCCGACUUUUUUAAAUAAAAAUGAACGGAUGAAGACAUGAAUGAGUGAAGGAGGAGGAAGAAGAGGCAGCACUGUGAACGAGGACCGAGAGCAUCUGUCCGUGUCUCUGCCGGUUUGCCAUGUGAGCAUGUGCAGUGCCAAAACCUUGGGAAAUGAUGGGAAACCAGUGAGAAGAAGCAGAACCUCCAUGCUGGACCUGUUUAGGGCUUCUCUUCAAACUAGCGUUGGGUGAAGGGAGCUGGGUGCAACGCUACAAAGACCUCAAAGUCUUCGCUCUUUUUCACCUUCACAUCCACACAGAGGCGAAUUUUGAACAAAAAACAGAAAGAAAACAUCAAAGUGCACAAAAAGGACUAAAUUUACACAACUGUGGGUUAUAUGUGUAAUAAAAAAAAUGAUCAAUUUGCCUAUGUUAAAGAGCUAAAUCUGCUGCUUCUGGUGUUAUUUCUUCUAAUUAGAUCUACAGCUGAAACCAGAUAUUUACAUACUCUUUAUUUUCCCUGCCGGCCAUUAAAUCUGACUGAACUUUUCCUGUUUUAGCUCAGUUAGGAUUAUCAACAUUAUGUCAGACGUUUUAGGUUUCAUCCCAAAAGCUUCCCUCAGUAGUUUGCUGGAAGUUUGACCCAUUCCUCCUGACAGAACCGGUGUAUCCGGGUCAGGUAUCUUGGCCACCUGACUUUGUGACGGACACUCCACAACAUUGACUUUGUUGUCCAUAAAUCACCUUAUAAUUAAUCUGGUGGUCUGCUGAGGGACACUGUCUAUCUGGAAGACCCAUCUGUGUCCAAGCUUUAACCUCCUGGCUGAUGUCUUGAGAUGUUGCUUCAAUAUUUGCACAUAAUGUUCUUUCCUCAUGAAGCCAUCUAUGUUAUGAGGUGCACCAGUCGAUCCUGCUGCAAAACACCCCCACAUCAUGAUGCUGCCACCCUCGUACUUCACAGUUGGGAUGCCGUUUGAGGCUCGCAAGCUUUUUCCUUUUGCUUAAAGGAAUAUUAGCCUUGGUUCAUGUAAAUGUUUAGAUUAGAAAAAAAUUCUUAAAUGUUCUCCUAAAAAUGUUCUCCCUCAUUAUUCUGAUAUUUUGCAAACAGGAAUAAUUUGCGUAAUCCUAACUGAACUAAAAACCGGAAAAGUUUUAAAUUUAAUGUCUGACUGUGAGAAAAACAUGAUCAUAAACCUUUUUAUACAGACUGUAAAUAUCUGGAAUCAACUAUACGCCACAACCUUGGAAACUAAACAAAAGUGUUUUUAGGUCUUUGUAGAGGAGAAAGUUGCUGUGUGAAUCGAGGAUCAGAGGAAAAGAGAAAAUCUGCAGUGAAAAAUGUUGCUGCUUUUUGACAGUCAACAUCUGUGUCUGUGUUCUCGUCUCACUCUUUUCUUUUGCCUUCCGCUUUACUUUGAAGAAUUUAAGGAAAUGACUGAAAGAAGCCAGGAAGAGUAGGAUCUACCCGCUGUUAAAUAUUUCUGUUCUGUAGCACACCUGUAGGUAAGAUGCUGAUUAAACAAUAUGAAGAGUCCAGCUUGUAACUCUAGGCAUAAAGAGACUUGGGGAAGUUAUGUGAUCUUGGAAGUGAACAAGUCGGCGUGUACAGUAAAUGUGUAGAUAGGACCCUCCAGAAAGUAACAGAAAGCUUAUUUUUCUUUGAUAAACCUUUAGAGUCUGCUGAGAUGAUCAGGUGAUCUCUCUGGCAGGCAAUGACAGAAAGGUUCAUGUGAAUAAAAAGCAGAGCACUAAUUUAGUGAAAGUAACUGAUGUUUUGACCAAAGUCUGUCGAGAUGAAUGAAUGAAUGCUGGACCUCAGUGACUGGAAGGAAAUGAGUGUUUCCCUGUACACUCUUGCUUUGAUUUUAUGACUAUAUUGGUGUAUAUUUUCAGAUUCAAUAAAAGUACACACAGCUUA